CUCUCCUCCUCCUCCUUAUCUGUAUGAUCUCUCUCUCUCUCUUUCUCUCUAUAUAUACGUCCUUCUCCUCUACCACUUCCUCAGCAAUUUCCUUCCCCUACUUGUAAUUUCUUGUCUUUCGUAUCAGCUGAUCGACCAGCAGCAAUGGCGUUUUCCGGCAAGCUUGACGUGGAGGUGGAGGUGAAGACCGGCGCAGAAGAGUUCUGGCAAAGCAUAAGAGAGUCCACCACCCUCUUCCCCAAGGCCGUGCCUCACCAGUACAAGAGCAUCCAUGUCCUCGAAGGCGACGGCAAGUCCGUCGGCUCCGUUCGCGUGGUGCAUUUCGCCGAAGGGUCGCCGCUGGUUAAGACGACGGAGGAGAAGAUCGAAGCGGUGGAUGAGGAGAAGAAGACGGUGGCCUACAGCGUGGUGGGCGGCGACAUCCUGAAAUACUACAAGAACUUCAAGGCGACGCUGGUGGUGAGCUCCAAAGACGGGGGGAGCAAGGUGAAGUGGGACUGCCAGUUUGAGAAGGCGAGCGAAGAGGUUCCGAGUCCAAACCUCAUCAGAGACUUCGCCGUCCAGACCUUCCAGGACCUUGAUGCUUAUCUCCUGGCGGCCGCUGCAAAUUAAUUAAUUAGGGUUUCCUUAUUUCCUCUUUCUGGAACCUUAAUUAGUUAUUAUAUAUGGCGAAAUGAAAUCGGUGGUGGCGUAGUACUAAAUAAUGUGGAGCACUUGAGCUCUGCAAAUCGUCUUUCUUCUUCUUCUUCUCAAGUUGUGGUUUUUAGUCCACUCUUCUGUGAACGUCUUCUGCCUGUUCUUGCAGUUGCAGGUUAUAGACAUUAUACUAAUGGAAUAUUGCAUUUUACAGUGGGGCUUCAGUUUC